AAAGAGAGUAAAAGCACAAAGGACACUUCUCAAGUUCCUCAAGUUUGGGCUUUUCGUGAUCUUUCUCUUUUCCCUGGUAUCUCCCAACUCCGGUGGCCGACCUGCCAUUCAGUUUCAUACUGCGGCGGCCCUGCGAACAAACAGAAUUAGGAAAAGACAUUCAUUGAUUUGGCUGGCCAGGGACCACUACCUUCCCCACUUCACGUUUCGCCAUUUUCUGUUCUCAAUUUGAUGCCACAAAAUAGAAAAAAAGAUAGCAAAAUCCCUAAAUCGCCGAACUGGAAUUCCGCCGAGGAGAAAGAGAGUAAGAAAACAUUACUCCUUAGUCCUUUUUUUCUGCACGCCUCUGUUUUUCCCCUCCAGAACGGAACGAGGCCACAAAUUCUUAUUCAAUUCAAAGUCAGUUUGAGAUCAGCUUUUUGAUUCCCCUUUUUAUAAUCGAACUAAACGUUUGUGCGAAUCAUUCGUGUGGGCUCGGUGGGUAUUUCCAUUAACAACCGCAAGCACGUUGGGGACCCUCUCCAACCCUGAACCAAAGCCCCCGUUCGAUCUCUCUCUCACUCAUUGCCUACAAAAGUCGAAAUUCCCUUUUGCUUCUCUCUUUCGUCCUCGUGCCUUACAUCUUUCUGUCACCCAUCUGAGCUCUCUUGGGUUCGGAUUGUUUUCUGGAAGGAGGGGCGAUCUGGGUGUUUUCAGGAAGGAGGGGGGAGAGCUAGAAUGGCGACUUUGAGAGCGAUUCUGAAGCACCCAGAUGAUCUUUACCCGCUUUUGAAGCUUAAAUUGGCGGCGAGGAGCAUCGAGAAGCAGAUCCCACCGCAGCCUCACUGGGGAUUCUGUUACACAAUGCUGCACAAGGUGUCCCGUAGCUUUGCUCUUGUGAUUCAGCAGCUGGGAACCGAGCUCCGUGACGCUGUAUGCAUCUUCUACUUGGUUCUUCGAGCUCUUGACACAGUUGAGGAUGAUACAAGCAUAGCUACAGAAAUAAAGGUGCCUAUUCUGAAUGCUUUUCACCGUCACAUAUAUGACAAGGAGUGGCACUUCUCAUGUGGUACGAAGGACUAUAAAGUUCUGAUGGAUGAGUUCCACCAUGUUUCAACUGCUUUCCUAGAGCUGGGAAAAGGCUAUCAGGAGGCGAUCGAGGAUAUCACCCAAAGAAUGGGUGCUGGAAUGGCAAAAUUUAUCUGCAAAGAGGUCGAAACAGUUGAUGACUACGAUGAGUAUUGCCACUAUGUAGCAGGACUUGUGGGACUAGGCCUGUCAAAGCUUUUCCAUGCUUCUGGAAAGGAAGUUUUACAACCAGACAGCCUCUCUAAUUCGAUGGGAUUAUUUCUUCAGAAAACAAACAUCAUUCGAGAUUAUUUGGAAGAUAUAAAUGAGAUACCGAAGUCGCGCAUGUUUUGGCCUCGUGAAAUCUGGAGCAAGUAUGUUGACAAACUUGAGGACUUGAAGUACGAAGAAAAUUCAGUGAAGGCAGUGCAAUGUUUGAAUGAUAUGGUCACUAAUGCAUUGGUGCAUAUGGAUGACUGUGUGAAGUACAUGUCUGAUCUGAGAGAUCCUGCUAUAUUCCGGUUCUGUGCCAUUCCUCAGAUAAUGGCAAUUGGAACUCUUGCUCUAUGCUAUAACAAUGUUGAAGUUUUCAGAGGCGUUGUGAAGAUGAGGCGUGGUCUUACUGCUAAAAUUAUUAAUGGAACAAAAACCAUGGCUGAUGUUUAUGGGGCUUUCUACGACCUUUCUUGUAUGCUGAAGUCCAAGGUUGACAAGAGUGAUCCAAAUGCAACUAAAACAUUAAGCAGAUUGGAAGCUAUUCAAAAGACUUGCCGAGAAUCUGGAUCUCUCACCAAAAGGAAAUCUUACAUUCUGGAGAGCAAGAAGCAGUACAAUCUUUUCCUGACUGUUGUGCUUAUCGUGGUCCUAGCCAUCAUCUUCGCUCGUCUGACUGCGACCAAUUCAACCAACUAGGAUGGAUCAGGUCUGCGAAUGGCUAGCCGCAAUAUUUCCUUGUUCAUGGGAGCUUAACUGGCUUAUCCUGUGUGUUUGUAAGCCAUAUCAGAUGGCAAUGCUUGACCAUUAAAUGUAUGAAUGAAUGAACAAAUUGCUUUGUAGUGUUGAUUGUUGUGGAGAAUGAAUUAACAAUCUUAUUUACAAGUUCCUUCGAUCUAUACUAUUACUUCUGUUAUGUAGAUAACUUAGAAACUGUCCAG